AUGGAGAGCCGAAAGGACAUGGUUAUGUUUCUGGAUGGGGGUCAGCUUGGCACUCUGGUUGGCAAGAGGGUCUCCAGUUUGUCCGAAGCCGUGGGCAGCCCGCUGCCCGAGCCGCCCGAGAAGAUGGUGCCCCGUGGUUGCCUGAGUCCGCGGGCCGGUCCUCCGGCCGCCCGGGAGCGCGGCGGGGGAGGCCUGGAAGAGGAGCCUGUCGACGGACUAGCAGGCAGCGCUGCGCGGCCGGGCGCCGAGUCGCGGGCAGCCGGGGCCGCAGUGCUCGGCCCUGGACCUCCGGCUGCCUCCGCCGACAGCCUCUCAGGCCAGGGGCAACCCAGCAGCUCGGACACCGAGUCGGAUUUCUAUGAAGAAAUCGAGGUGAGCUGCACCCCGGACUGCGCCACCGGGAACGCCGAGUACCAGCACAGCAAAGGGCCUGGCUCCGAGGCACUGGCCAGCAGUCCCAAUGGCAGCGGCGAGGCUCCCAAAAGCAAUGGCAGCGGUGGCUCCCAGGGCACCUUGGCCUGCAGUGCUAGUGACCAGAUGCGACGGUACCGUACUGCCUUCACCCGGGAGCAGAUUGCACGGCUGGAGAAGGAAUUCUACAGGGAGAACUAUGUAUCCAGGCCUCGGAGAUGUGAGCUGGCGGCUGCUCUAAACCUGCCGGAAACCACAAUCAAGGUGUGGUUCCAGAACCGGCGCAUGAAGGACAAGCGGCAGCGGCUGGCCAUGACUUGGCCGCACCCGGCCGACCCAGCCUUCUACACGUACAUGAUGAGCCACGCGGCGGCCGCGGGCGGCCUGCCCUACCCCUUCCCGUCGCACCUGCCCCUGCCCUACUACUCGCCCGUGGGCUUGGGCGCUGCGUCCGCCGCGUCCGCCGCCGCCUCGCCCUUCAGCGGGCCGCUGCGCCCGCUCGACACCUUCCGCGUGCUUUCGCAGCCCUACCCGCGGCCCGAACUGCUGUGCGCCUUCCGUCACCCGCCGCUCUACCCGGGCCCGGCGCACGGACUGGGCACCGCGGCCGGCAGUCCCUGUUCCUGCCUCGCCUGCCACGGCGGCCCGGCCAACGGGCUGGCGCCCCGCGCCGCCGCCGCUGCCUCGGACUUCACCUGUGCCUCCACCUCCCGCUCGGACUCCUUCCUCACCUUCGCGCCCUCCGUGCUCAGCAAGGCCUCCUCUGUGGCGCUGGACCAGAGGGAGGAGGUGCCCCUCACGAGAUAA